AUGAGACCCAUUCUUCUCCAAGGCCAUGAACGGUCGCUGAAUCAAAUCAAAUACAACCGAGAGGGAGAUCUGCUCUUCUCGGUAGCGAAAGAUAAGGUCGUGUGCGCCUGGUUCACCAGCAACGGAGAGAGACUUGGAACAUACACUGGACAUCAGGGUGCCAUCUGGACAGUGGAUGUUUCCCCAGACAGCACUCUUCUCGCAACUGGGGCAGCAGACAAUGCCAUCAAGCUGUGGAAUGUUCACACUGGAGAAUGUGUCAAGACCUGGGAAUUUGCCACUGCGGUGAAGACUGUCCAAUUCAGUGAGGACGGCAAACAGUUGGCGGCGGUGACCGAGCAGCGAAUGGGACACUUGGGCACAAUUGUCGUCUAUGAUAUCCGAUAUGGCGAUGACCUCACCGAACAAGCCAACGAGCACAGUUUCCGGAUUGUUUGUGAGGAGAGCAAGGCCACUGCGGCAGGGUGGAGUUAUCUCGACAAGUACAUCAUCUCCACACACGACAAUGGAACUGUAACUCAGUGGGAUGGCAAGACUGGCGAAUACCUGAUGAGUAUCGAAGCUCACGAAUACGACACCACCAUCAAUGAUCUCCAAUUUUCGCCCGAUCGAACAUAUUUCAUCACUGCUGGAAAGGAUAAGAGUGCAAAGCUCAUCUCGUCCCGAGAUCUCAGCAUUAUGAAGACAUAUGUCGCUGACACGCCUCUGAACACUGCCUCCAUCACUUCCAAAAAGGACUUUGUUAUUCUUGGAGGUGGACAAGCUGCUAUGGAUGUCACCACAACAUCGGCUCGACAAGGUAAAUUCGAGGCUCGGUUCUACCACAAGAUUUUCGAAGAUGAGAUUGGUCGUGUCCGUGGUCAUUUUGGUCCCCUCAAUACCAUCGCUGUUCAUCCCCAAGGCACAGCCUAUGCUAGUGGUGGUGAAGAUGGAUAUGUGAGGAUGCACCACUUUGACAAGCCCUACCUUGAUUUCAUGUAUGAAGUUGAGAGAGAGCAAGCACGAAAAUGA